CUGGCUUACACGAUGGCAGCGGGAUCCAGUGAGACUGUCGACGAUGUGGGGAAAUCUGCCCAAGUACACACCUUUGUUCCUGGUACUGGCAGUGUCAGGACUCAUCUUAUUGCUCCGCAACAUACACACCUUGGAGAAGUUCAACUGUCGGACUAUUUCGGCACUCCAUCAGCUCCAGAGCAAGCUGGACUCAGCCCUCAGGUCCACGGGCCUGCUGCAGCUGGACCGGAACCGGAGUUACUGCGGUUCCCAGGGGCCCGAGCUGUCCGCUGACGAGGCCGCGGAAGAGCACCACCUGCUGGAGUCCGUGGCCUGGCCGGAGCCGCGGCUGUCCGCCGCGCCCUUCCAGCAGAGCAGCGAUCCCAGCAGGAGCUUCUUCGUGAUCCUGUCGCCGGGCGGGGAGUGGCGCGUGGGCGGCCAGCUGGAGGCGCUGGUGCACAUGCACGACUUCCACGGCCAGCCCAAGCGCCACGGCGGCGACUUCCUGCUGGCCCGCCUGCUGUCGCCCGAGCUGCGGGCGGGCGUGGCCGGCCGCGUGGUGGACCACCAGAACGGCUUCUACUCGGUGCUCUUUUGGCUGCCCUGGGCGGGGCCGGCGCAGGUGGAGGUGACGCUGGUGCACCCCAGCGAGGCCGUGCAGGUGCUGCGGCGGCUGCGGGAGGAGAGGCCCGACCGCGUCUACUUCAAGAGCCUCUUCCGCUCCGGCUACUUCUCCGAGACCACCGUCUGCAACCUGUGCCUGCCUCCCCACCAGCCGCUGUGCAACUACACCGACCACCACACGGGGGAGCCCUGGUUCUGCUACAAGCCCAAGCUGCUGGACUGCGACACGCGGAUGAACCACUUCAAGGGGGGCUACGAGAAGGACCUGCUCACCAGCCAGGAGGCAUUGUUCUUUCAGAGUGAUGUAAAUAUUAAGGUUCCAAUACAGGCUUCAGGGCCAAACCAUGUGACUGUGCUGCCAGACAGAAACGAGAACCCGGAGACGAAGAGGAGCGUGAAUGCGGACGCGACCACGUUCAGGCCAUCCGGGUUCUACUAUCUAGGCGCGUGGCAGGUGGUGGGCGGGGUCCCCAUACAGCAGUUCAACGACACCUCGGCCAUCACCGACUGUCUUCGGGGGAAGGUGGUCAACAUAUACGGGGACUCUACUGCGCGCCAGUGGUUCGAGUACCUCAGCGCGUUCGUUCCAGACCUGAAGGAGUUUAACCUGCGGAGCCCGAAGAACGUGGGCCCGUUCAUGGCGGUGGACAGCGAGCACAACAUCCUGGUGAGGUACCGCUGCCAUGGCCCGCCCAUCCGCUUCACCACGGUGGCGGCCAGCGAGCUGCGCUACGUGGCCAACGAGCUGGAGGGCCUGCGGGGCGGGCGGGACACGGUGGUGGUGGUGAGCGUCUGGUCGCACUUCAGCACCUUCCCCGUGGAGGUGUACAUCCGCCGGCUGCGCAACAUCCGCCGGGCCGUCCUGCGGCUGCUGGACCGCGCCCCCGACACGCUGGUGUUCGUGCGCACCGCCAACCUGCAGGCGCUGGACCCGGAGGUCAGCCUCUACAACAGCGACUGGUACUCGCUGCAGCUGGACGCCGUGCUGCGCGCCAUGUUCCGCGGCCUGCCCGUGGUCCUGGUGGACGCCUGGGAGAUGACGCUCGCCCGCGGCCUCCCGCACGCCCUCCACCCGCCGCCCGACAUAGUCAAGAACAUGAUCAACGUCUUCCUCUCGCACGUCUGCCCGAAGAGGAGGAGCCAGUGAAGUGGCGGGGCGGGGCGUGGCGUGGCGUGGGUUGGGUUGGGUGGGGUGGGGUGGGGCUUGAACUUCGUGGGCUGGAUGCUGUGUGCCAAUAGGUUAUUGUGGGGGCUCCAGUGCUGCCCUGGCAGCUGGUCAUUAGCGGAUGACGGAUCCCUGUGGAAGUGCGUCUGUUCCGAUCGUGGAACAUAUCCCCAUGCCUGUGACAUCACCCACCUCAGUGUUCUCUUCUCAGCCAAUCAGAAACCAGUAUUAGAGUUACGUCAGACUUGGGCCUGAAGCCUCAUUCUGAAGCCAUGCAGACAUGUGCGUAUGUAGCCAAAAAUAAUUUUGAAAAAUGUAGACGAAUGCCAAUAAUCAUACUCAGUGUGCAUAUGCAAAUUCUAACUGAUUUUUGUACCUGUGCUUUUAGGAUGAUUUAAUGAAGGGUUUAAGGUCAAGGCCAGAGUUUCUGGUGGGUUGUACUAUUUGAACAGAGCGGGGUGGGAAGGAUAAGCGGGAGACUCCCAUUCCUGGAAUGGUACACCCCUCUGCACCAUUUUUCAUAUUCUGAAUAUACCCUGGCAGAAAUUGCAUCUCCAAAGCAGAUUCAGUAUAUUCAAAAUGUAUUUAUAUAUUGAAUAUUAAACUAUGAAGUGGAAUAUCAAAUGAUUUUGAUUUGAUUUUUGAUUUGAUUUGAAUGUGAAAUUAUGAUUGUUACAUAACAUAUGGACAUAAACACAGAACCCACAUUUGACUUUUGCAAAUUAUGUAUGCGACUAUAAUAAACAUUAAACACGGAUGUUUUAUAGUACUUCUGCUACAAUACUGUAUACUGAUAGAAUGAAUAUACAUUUCUCCACUGUAAAAUUAUUGUUUGUCAUUGUCUGAUAUUAUAACAUAUAUGUACGGUUUUCUUUUUAUCCACCAGUUUGUGUUAUUGUCACGGUAAUUUGUAAAGGAAUGUUGACUCAAUCAAAUGAAAUAAACUGCAAUUGUAUUCCCUCCAAACGAUA